AUGGUCAAGAAAGGGCAGAUCCUUCCCUCAACGGGGUCUGUGGUGCUCAUGCGAGGAAAGGUCUUCAAAACCAAGAGGUCCAUCAAGUCCAAAUUGGUUCCGGCGCUGCCAUCACCGGUCAAAGUGAAACCCUCUCGAACGACGAAGGCGAGCGCUAAUGAACGAACACGCCUAUUCGGGGACGAUUUUGACGCCCACGACUAUAUGCUUGAGUGGGUACCCAAACAAGCCCAAUACCUCGAUGAGGUCAUUCGUAGAGAGUCGCCGCCGUCUCCUCUCUCCUGCUCGCGCUGUGGAACCUUGACGUCUCCAGAUUGGUGGCGAUGUAAAGGCUGCUGUGGUACCCCGUUAUACUGCGAAACCUGCUGCGGUUCAGAACACAUUCUCGACCCUUUCCACCGCGUCGAGAAAUUGAACGGUACCUUUUUCACCCCUUCCUGGCUAUGGAUAACCGGCGUCACCGUGAAUCUCUGCCCAACGAGUGCAUGUCAGCCAUUGGAAGUCGACGACGAUUUCGAAGAUUCGUCUGCUGACGAGGACGGGGAUGCCACGAAUGACCCAAGGCCGACGAUCGACCUCACUUACCAGGCCAAACCAGCAAAGAGGACUAUCAGGGGAUGUAGGGUCCUCGUUGUUGUCCAUACCAACGGCGUCCAUCACCUCCCAUUUCUGUUCUGCGCCUGUCCUGAUGCCCCCCAACCCGAAAUACAACUCCUGCGUAAAGGCUUUUACCCCUCGACGUCCAAGUCUGUUCGGACAGUCUUCACCUUCUCGCUUCUUGACGAGUUCCUCCUCGAGACGGUCGAGUGCUUCACAUCGGCCCACCACUAUUAUUCGAGGAUUCGCCGGCUUACCAACGAGCCGUUCCCUGACUCAGUCCCGGAUCGUACUCGUGAACUUCGCAGGGUUAGUCGACAAUGGAGGAAGCUUAAGGAAUUAAAGAGAAAUGGGUUCUGUCACAUGGGUAGGAAUCCUGGAGAAGGCGAAUUGGCGCUCUUCUGUGCUGCGUGCCCCCAACCAGGAAUCAACCUGGCCGAUAACUGGGAAGACGAUGAUGAGAAGUGGAAAUACAUGCGAAGUUACGUUGCAGACGGGAAUUUCACUUGCGUUCACCGCAAAGGCCGACAGGAUGACGACUCGCUCGUGUAUCUGAAGAACGGGGAAGGGUACAUGACAAAACGGGACUCCUAUGCAGAACAUCUUGACAACACCCGGGAGACCAAAGAGCCUGCCACAUGCAACGAGCACCGUGCAGUUGCGGACAAGUCGAAGCUUCACAAAGGCUGCGACGUGACAGGCGUUGGGGCCAUCGCAUGUAUGCGUCAUGGAGCCUUCGCCCCCGGCUCGGUUGUCGACUUUCAAAAGGGAGAGAGACAGGUCAAUAUGGACUUCGCGUUCUCCCAAGCGCUCAAGCUCACCCAUACCGAGAAGAUCGCACGAGUCAUUCUGGCAUACGACAUUAAUUGCCAAUACUCAAAGCGGUUCUUCCAACGGUUUAGUGGAUCGGAUUCUCUGGAGCUUCCAGAGGACCUUACAGUUUUAUUCGCAAUCGGGUUAUUCCAUGUUCACGGACACCAGCAGUCCUGCAACCAAAGGUUCUCCCUAACGUAUAUGGAAGGGGCGGGCAUGGCAGCCGGAGAGAUCUUGGAGUCUCUGUGGGCGGUCGUCAAUGAACUAGCCAGGAGCACGUCCACGAUGACCUUGGCUCAACGAAUGGAGGUACUCGACUCUCUUCUUGCAGAUAUAAAUUGGAAGAAGAUGAUUAAAAUCGUGGCUCGGAUUUGCAAGAGCUGGGAACACGCACGUCUCGAGUUGAUGAGGGCGUCCGAAGACUUUGAACUUCUCAAUGAGACCGCCUCAUCUUCGCAGGUCGCCAGGUGGAACGCGCAGUUGGAGAAGUGCAACAGAGAGAGAGUGAAAGAUGUGUUCCCUUAUCUCCAGUUUACAGGUCUUCAACCACUCAGUCUCGUAUUUGAAACAGCGCCCACCCUAGCAAAGACCCAAACCUCCAUGAUGGAGAAAGAACAACAGAUCGAUAGAGGUGUGGGUGUCACGUCGUGGCUGGCAUUGGGGAUCAAGAUUCAGGAAGCUCAGUUAUCUCUCCAGGCUUUUGUCCGAAGUCUGCCGAAGGAGAAAACAGAUCUUCAAGAGCUCUCGGUUUCGAAACGCCGAGAACAGAUUCUGAUAGACGUCAAUUCGUUCUACGAGACGGCCGGAACUCUCUUCCCCGAGGUUGACUUCGGAUCCUUGAAAUGUGAAGAACCUCCUCGGGAUGCUUUGGACGCCGAUGAGGGUGCUGGGGACAACAGGCCAGACGACAACUCAUACUCUGUGACCCACAACGACAUAGAAGAGGUGCGCAUACCCCUACCCUCAUCCUUCCAUCAAGAGGGCUUUCCUUCCCUCGACCGCGCUCGGGAAAAGGAAUUGCAGCUGCGCAUUGCACAGGCUGAGGAAACUUUGGAGAAUAUUCGUGCAGAGAUUGGCCACAAGUCUUUCCUGUAUCGUUCAAAUGUCCGGCUGGCCAAGGGGAAGAAGCAGAAGACUCGAGGGUAUGCGGCUGUUAGUGGGGUGGAUAAACAACUCAGGCUGCACGUCCGUAGUGAAGGACAUGGGUUGGGCUGA